CAUCAGCAACAACAACAACAGCAGGCCAUUCAGCAAGCUCAGCAUCAACAGCAAUUGCAUCUGCACCAAUUGCAACAUCACCCGCUUCAACCAACUCUGUACAGCCACAACAACCAGCAACAGCAGCAACAAUAUGUGUUACUACACCAAGCUACUACUGUGGUUGUGCAGCAGGUCUUGCAGCAACUGUUGGUAGGUGGCAUAAUGCAGCAGAGCCACCAAGGGCAACAGAUGGGGGUUCACCAACGGCAGCAACAUAUCAUCAUGCAGCCACACAACAACAGCCUUCACAACAACUUUGUUCAACAGCCUUCACAACAAGAAAUUAUUGCCUCUCUGAGAGGCAACAAAUUGAGGCAAGAGGCAAUUGAGAGGCAAGAGGCAACAGAGGCAAAUCAGUCAGGGGCUGAGGGCACUAUGAUCACUCGUCCUCAGUCUCUCGUUGAGCGUAGACAGGAGCCCACGCCCCACACUCUUCGGGGCAUAGACCCUUCUGAAGGCUCGCGUCCCGUGGGGCUCCCGAGGGUACGGCAUCCAGCGCCUGGGAGCGUUACGCGUACGCCCGAAAAAAUCACCGUCGGCGGGACCAUCCACUUCUGUGGUGAUCUUCAUCUUGACUUUCGCCAGGAGCAGGAGCAGCCACCCUCUGGAGCAACAGCCCUCCAGGGAGCAGAGGAUCAGCUCCCCACCACCCCAUCAAGGAGCUGCACCCCGAGGGGCAUUUCCUCCCGUCAUAUUGGCACUCUAGUUCCCUCCAUAUCACCUGCCCCGCCCCCCAGUCCCAGUUACACUCCCUCGCUCCUACGUCCCAUUUUCACUCCCCCCCCACCCCCGGCCCAUUUCCACGCAUCCCCGUCCCAUUGGCUCCCGAGGGUACGGCAUCCAGCGCCUGGGAGCGUUACGCGUACGCCCGAAAAAAUCACCGUCGGCGGGACCAUCCACGUCUGUGGUGAUCUUCAUCUUGACUUUCGGUGA